AUGCGCCCGCGCAAGGAGGCCGAGAAGAGUGAAAAGACCGAGAAGAAGGCCUCUCGAAGCAAAUCAGAGCGUAGCAGCAGGACAGACAGAGAAAAGGGAGACAGGGAACACCGAUCCCACCGCGUGAGCUCCCGCUCCUCAAAAUCGAAAAUCGCCGACGGCAGCGGCCUCGGCAGUGAUCUCCAUUCCCACUCCCACCGCCGUCACCGCACCCGCGAAGAACGAGACCGCGACCGAGAGAGAGACCGCGCCCACGAUCGCUCCUCUUCCAUGACCGACCUCAUUCCCGAAAUGUCUCGGACCUCGCUGACUGGUCCGGCGUCGACUGACCGCAUCUCCCUUCCCUACCCGACCUUCAGCAAGGCCCACAGCAAGGAAGCCGUCCGCAAUAGUCGCGAGGAUGUAUCAGGAUCAGGCGUCGGCGCCACAAGGAGGGCCGAUCCGUUCACUCCCGAAGCCACAGAUCUGGGCGACAGCGAGCUCAAGCGAUCUCAGAGCGUCGAUCACUCCGAGAAGCAGCGCAGAAGUUCGUCCAAGAAGGAGUCGAGGCCGCCUAGUCCGCCCGAGACCGACUUGUCGGGCAAGAGACGAUCCGCGACGCCCGAGGAGUCCUCAAAGAAGGUGCGCGAGGAGCAACGGGAUGACAGGCCGAGCUCGCGUCUUAGCGGUCUGUCGAGAUCCGGCUCCAGAGCCGACGAUAAGUCCCGGGUGAGCUUCAAGUCGAAGACUAGCAGUCAGGCAACGUACGUAAAGUCGCCGGCGUUUCCACUCGGUGUGCAGGAAAGCUUGAACAUCAAGCCGAGCACGUCCAGGUCUUCCUCGAAGCGAAGCUCUUCGAGCAAGAAAAGCCGGCGCCCAGAGUAUCACGAUGGCGACUCAUCUCCCGAAAGUCUGCAGGACUCAUCUCCUAGAACCCCCACGCAAGCACCGCCAUUCCCACCGCCUUUCGCUAUGAGCGACAAGCCCCCGGGGCCUCCUCCACAGGUCUACCCCGAAAACGACAUCACUCCAUCGGCCACUCCAAUGACUGAUAUGCCUCCUCCAACGGGGCCUCCCCCUCCCCCGCCACCACCUCCAGCGUUGGAUGUGCAGGAAGCACCACGGGUGGACUACCUCUUACAGAACGGCGGCCUGAUCCAGUCAAUUCCGAAAACGUUUCUCUCUGUUCUGCCUCGCCAGAAUGGCGCCCGGCCAUCUAACCCGCCCCUGGUUGGCCCGCAGACUCUAUUCGCACCCUUUUUCAACCUCCUGGACCAGUAUAACUCGGUUCUCAGCCGCAACGGCUCCGUAGCAGUUGCAACUGGUCAUCGAUCAGUAGCUCGCCGUCUUCUAGACCGCCUUGAAAACGUCUUUUCCAGAGAGCUUCCUGAGCAUGGAUGCACUUGUGUGGUAUGUGAAAGAGGCCCCGAUAUUCAACAUCGUGGCCUCGGCUGGGGAGAGGUCCUCGAAUGGGUUAGUGGUCGCAUUGAUCUUCCGCAGUGGCCGCCGUUUGAUCUGGCCAGCUUGGGAUCCAAUGCCGCCGAAGUGUCAGCAGAGCUGCCACCGCGGCCUGACUCGCCAGUCAAGAUCGAUCCUGAUAUUGCCGAGGAGUUCCGUGAGCACUAUCUCAGACAGUCUAAGAAAGUCAGGGGAGCCGUGGACAAGUGGCUUAACACCUGCGGCGAGACCACCGCGCCGCCGCCUCAAGAUGUAGACGACGAGACCCUCACGUUUGCCAUUCUCACGAACAUGGACCCUGAGGAUCAGCCGUAUUUUAACGCGAUUCUGGCUGGCUCUAACCACCCGAAGCCGGCAACAAGGGCUCCUACACCAUUGCAUCGCGCCCGCCCGGAUCUUCUUGUCCGAGCCGGCUUGGCUCUCCAACGUCUUUAUCGACUGCAACAAGUACCUCGAGACGCAGAGGUUGCCAUGUAUCUCGUCAAGAACCCCCACACCCACGACCUUCUUGUCACAAUGUCCGACAUCAACACGCAAGAAUGGGAGAUUUUGACUUCUGGACGAUUCGAUGGCUUCCUUUGGUCUGGGGCUGAUGGCGACGAUACUCCCACGGCCGAAUCCCGUGGUGCCACCCCUGCAAGUGGUUACUACCCCUCUCGGCCAGGGACCAUGAGCCCCAGUGUGCGAGGAACUCCGGGCUUCUCAGCAUCCCGCAACACUACACCAUUCUCUGCCUACUCACGCGGCGCUACCCCCGCGUCCUUUGUGAGCAAUGCAUCAUCCGCGGCGGCCAACAAGCAGGCAGUAUCACGAGACGAGGAGAUGGAGAUGGCUGUCUUGGCAGAGGUAGAGCGAGAAAUCUACCAGGGUAUGGAGGCGUUGGAGGAUGCGUUCGAAGCCCUUCACCUCAGGGCCGAAGUUGUCCGGACGGGGUUGCGCAACCGCGGAGCAGGAUUGAUGCAUAGCCUUCAAAGCCGCCGGCGGAUCGAUGUCCUGCCCAAUCCGAGCUCCGGUAACUCGCAGUCAUCAGGCUACGAGCGGCCCAGCUGGGCGCAAGGCGACUAUGACGCCAACAGCGACAGCGAAUGGGGAGGCGACGACUUUGAGCUGGCGCCCGACGAUUCGGCGAGUAACAUUAGCAGUUCACGCCAUCGACGACCCAAGAGACGCACAGAGCGACGGACACCGGCACCGAUUGAGGAAGAUGACGAGGAAAACUGA